GUUUUGGGCUCCAAGGGAAACUAUUCAAUUAAAAAAAAACUUCACCCGUAAACGCAGUAAGCCGGAAGUAGAGAGUGUUCUUCCUUUUUUGAGUUGAAAAUCAUAAGCGAACAGAAUGGGCAUUCGCUACAAGCUUGCUGUAGGCCUGGACAAAGGUCAUAAAGUCACAAAAAUUGAAGGUGGAAGAAAGACAAGACCUACUCGUAGAAAGGGGAAAGCAACAAAGCAUGCUAAAUUUGUAAGAGACCUUGUUAGAGAAAUUGCUGGAUUUUCUCCAUAUGAAAGAAGAUGCCAGGAGUUGCUGAAAAUCUCCAAAGAUAAAAGAGCACUCAAGUUUUGUAAAAAGAGGUUGGGCACUCAUGUGAGAGGCAAAAAGAAGAGAGAAGAAAUGCAAGUGAUCUUACAGAGAAUGAGGAAGGCUCAACAGCAGGCUGCUAAAUAGUUUGUCAAUAAAUUAUAUUAAAAAAUA